CUUUGGGAAAGGAGGGAGCCGGAAAAGGCCCUUCAGCUGCUCAGCCUGGGAAGCUCUGGACAAGGACUGGGCAGAAGAUCCUGGAGGAGGAAACCAUCCUCCCUUCAGAAGUUCAGCCCUGGAGCUUCAUCCAAUACCGGGAGGCUGAGGGUCCCCGAGGACUUUGCAGCCGACUCCAUGACUUUUGCAGGCGAUGGCUGAGAUCAGAAAAGCACACCAAAGCCCAGAUGCUGGACCUGGUGGUUCUGGAGAAGCUCCUGGCUCUUCUGCCCCCAGAGAUGGAGGGCUGGGUGAGGGAAUGUAGAGCAGAGACCAGCUCCCAGGCAGUGGCCCUGGCGGAAGGUUUCCUCCUGAGCCAGGCGGAGCAGCAGAAGGAGCAGGUUGAGUUGCAAGGCUGCACUGUUGAGAUCAGAGAUCCUGAGGGAAAGAAGAACCCUUCAAAUUCCACUCAGGAGCUAUUUUUCAGGAGGAUCCCUUGGGAAGAUCAAAGUCAGGACACCUCGGGAGAGAAAAAAAGAAUGAAGUUUUCUGCUUUUUCUGACAGAGAUCAAACAGCGGUGGAAUUUCCAAAUCAAGAGAGUCUUGUUUCCUUUGAGGAGGUGGCUGUGUAUUUCUCAGAGGAGGAAUGGUCUCAGCUGGAUCCUGACCAAAAAGCGCUGCAUUCGGAAGUCAUGCUUGAAAACCAUGGGAACGUAGUCUCUCUGGGUAAUAAUUGUCAGGAGAAUCAAGAUUCCUGUGAACUAUUCCAAAUGUUCUAUGCUAAAGAUGGAACAGGAAAGUUUGGAAUUCGAAUGGAAUUAGAAACCCAUGAUAGAAACCAGUCAAAUGAUUGGAAUCAGGAAAGCUCAUCUUCCACUGAUGCUCUGAUGCAACAGGAGAAAAUGAGGAAAAAAUAUAUUGGGAAAAGUUUGAAGCCAAUCAAAGCUAAAUUACAAGUAAAAGAACACUAUUUAAGGCAAAACAAAGGAGAAGAUGGUAUAAGAAGACACAACGGACAAAGUUACAAUGAGACAUUCAUUCCUUCUCUUGGAAAUAAGUUCCUUACACCUCAAAAAAUGAUUGACGCUAAAGAGAAGCCUUACCAAUGUUUGGAAUGUGGAACAUGUUUUAGAACAAGCAGGCAACUUAUUUCCCAUGAAAGGAUUCACACUGAGGAGAAGCUAUACAAAUGCAGAGAGUCUGGUAACAGGUUCAGAAGAUUUAGUAAUCUUAUUUCCCCUAAAAGGAUCCACUCAGGAGAUAAACCGUAUAAAUGCGUGGAGUGUGGAAAGAACUUUGCUCAAGGAGGUCAUCUUAUUUGCCAUAAGAGGAUCCACACAGGGGAGAAGCCAUAUAAAUGCAUGGAGUGUGGAAAGACCUUUGCUUAUAGUAGUGUACUUACUAUCCACAAAAUGAUCCACACAGGGGAAAAACCAUUUAAAUGCAUGGAGUGUGGAAAGACCUUUGCUCGAAGAGGUCAUCUUAUUCGCCAUAAGAGGAUCCACACAGGGGAGAAACCGUAUAAAUGCAUGGAGUGUGGAAAGACCUUUGCUCGAAGAGGUUGUCUUAUUUCCCAUAAGAGGAUCCACUCAGGAGAGAAACCGUAUAAAUGCAUGGAGUGUGGAAAGACCUUUGCUCAAAGAGGUCAUCUUAUUCGCCAUAAGAGGAUCCACACAGGGGAGAAGCCGUAUAAAUGCAUGGAGUGUGGAAAGACCUUUGCUUAUAGUAAUGGACUUACUAUCCACAAAAUGAUCCACACAGGGGAAAAACCAUUUAAAUGCAUGGAGUGUGGAAAGACCUUUGCUCGAAGAGGUCAUCUUAUUCGCCAUAAGAUGAUCCAUACAGGGGAGAAGCCGUAUAAAUGCAUGGAGUGUGGAAAGACCUUUAAACUUCCUGAUGAUGUCUGA